AUUUCUCCUUCUUCUUUGCACUUUAUUUGCUGUUUAUUUUAAAUUUUUGUAAACAUUUUUCAUUCAGUUCUGUUUCACAUAUUUUAUUUUCAUAACAGAAAGCGUGAGUUAGUCAACAGCCUCCAAAGAAGAGAGAAAAAAUGAUUGCGAGUAAUUUAAUAACAGUUUCUUUUCAAAAUUAGUACAGUUAGCAUAAAAAAAAAAUGAAUGGGAGAACAGUGACAAUUAUUAUUGCAACGUCUAUACCUGUCAUUGUGGUUUCUUUUAUUUUACUGCAACACUACCUGGAAGAAGAUCCUAAAUUCGAAAAGUGUGAAGGUGAUGGUGUUUGUGUACGUCUUUGCUGUGAAGAAGACUCUUUUUGUGAUGAUACCUAUAAUAUGACCGCACACAAAAUUGCAGAUAGUUUGAAUGUUUCAUACAAAAUAAUCAAGAACAAACCAUGCAAAAAAGUUUUUCCAUUGGAAUUAAAUGGCCAUAAGUUCCUUGAAAACGGACACAUUCUUGAAGGCAAAAAUACUGAUGAUGAAAUAGAUAGCAUUCUUCACUGGGAUGAAUACUGCCUUGAUAUUGAUAACCACACCCUUGAUAUCGCUAAUCAUACAAUUAUUGUCAACAUUUGUGAAAUCGAUGAUAUAACUGAAAAGUUGCAUGAAACGUUUGCUUAUUUCAUGUUAGCUUCAAUGCCAUUCCUUAUAAUAACACUAGCUGUUUAUGGAUUUUUGAAAGAUUUGAGGAACCUUCACGGAAAAUGUUUAAUGACUUAUGUCUUUUCAUUGACUUUGAUGUACACAACAUUAAUUACAAUAAAAUUUUAUGACGGAAAUUUAUCACAAGAAUCAAAAUUUGGUUGCUCAACAAUUGGAUAUACAUUUUUGACAUCAGUGUUGUGUUGCUUCUUUUGGCUGAACAUUAUGUGCUACGAUAUUUAUAGAACGUUUAGGGAGGGAAUGAAAACCGAAGACAAUAAACAAUUUUUCAAAUAUUGUGGAUAUGCUUUUGGGAUUCCAAUAAUUAUUUCAAUUAUUAAUUUUACUUUAAAUAACUUUGAACUUAUCCCUAAUGAUUACAAUAGCGGAAUUGGAACGAUUACGUGCACAGUACUUGCCGAUAAUCGAACAGUACAGUGGAUUUAUAUCUAUCUCCCAGUUAUGCUUCUUUUGGUUAUUAACGUAUCGUUUUACGGGAUCACUGCAUGGAAAAUUUUUAGUGUCCAAAAGGAAACAUCGACAGUUUGUAAAUCAGAGAACAGUGGAAGGCAUUCAAGAUGUCAAGACAACACUACAAGGUUUUUCUUGUACAUGAGAUUAUCGAUUGUUAUGGGAGUGCCAUGGAUUGUUGAACUUUGCUCAUUUAUAUUAGGUGAUUCAGUCAUCCUUUUCAUCGCAUCUAUCUUCAACUGCAUGCAAGGAUUUGUUGUUUUCAUAACUUUCGUAUGGAAUCCAAAAGUAACAAAACAACUCAAGCGAAGAUACACGGCCAUGUCUGUUUCAUACAAAAAGAAUCGAUCAUCAACAAAAAAAGAAUCAGCAAAACAAGAAUCUGUCAAACGUGAUUCAGUCGAAACUGUCGUGACAAAAAUCAAUGGAAUUACUUCUGAGUCAUCUGCACAAGUGUGAUCUGAUCAUAAUAAUUCCAUGUUUUAUGAGUAAUGUUGCUUUCAAUUUUGAUAAACUAGAUUUUGAGCAUUUAUUUUGACCGGU